AUGGCAACAGAGGAGUCCCACGCCCCCUGCGACUCGAGUGUCCCGGAGUCCCAGCGAGCGCCCAGUCCCGAGCCGCGCCUAGCCAGCCAGUUGCUGCCGGAUAUUUAUACCUUCGUGGCGCGCGUGCUGUUCUACUUGGUCCCGGUCUACCUGGCCGGCUACCUGGGACUCAGCAUGAUCUGGCUGCUGAUUGGCGCCUUGCUGUGGCUGUGGUGGCGCAAGAACCGCGCCGGGAAGCUCGGGCGCCUGGCUGCCGCCUUCCAAUUCCUGGACAACGAGCGCCUCUUCAUCAGCCGCGAGCUGCAGGGCCAGCACCUGCCGGCCUGGAUUCAUUUCCCGGACGUGGAGCGGGUCGAGUGGGCGAACAAGAUCAUCUCUCAGACCUGGCCCUACCUAACCAUGAUCAUGGAAAGCAAAUUCCGGGACAAACUCGAGCCCAAGAUCCGGGAGAAGAGCACUCACCUGAGGACGUUCACCUUCACGAAGCUCCACUUUGGGCAGAAGUGUCCCCGUGUCAACGGCGUCAAAGCUCACACGGACAAGUACAACCGGAGACAGGUGGUUCUGGACCUGCAGAUCUGCUACAUUGGAGACUGUGAGAUUAGUGUGGAGCUCCAGAAGAUCCAGGCCGGAGUGAAAGGGAUCCAGCUGCAGGGCACACUGCGGGUCAUCCUGGAGCCGCUGCUGGAGGACAAGCCCUUCGUGGGAGCUGUGACUGUCUUCUUCCUCCAGAAGCCACACCUGCAGAUCAACUGGACAGGCCUGACCAACCUGCUGGAUGCGCCAGGAAUCAACGAGGUGUCGGACAGCCUGUUGGAGGACCUCAUCGCCGCGCACCUGGUGCUGCCCAACCGCGUGACCGUGCCCGUGAAGAAGGGGCUGGAUGUGACCAACCUGCGCUUCCCUCUGCCCUGUGGCGUGAUCAGAGUCCACUUGCUGGAGGCAGAGAAGCUGGCCCAGAAGGACAACUUCCUAGGAAUGGGAGGCAAGUCAGACCCUUACGCCAAGGUGAGCAUCGGCCUGCAGCAUUUCCGGAGCAAGACCAUCUACAGGAACCUGAAUCCCACCUGGAAUGAGGUGUUUGAGCUCAUAGUGUAUGAAGUCCCCGGGCAGGACCUGGAGGUGGACCUGUACGAUGAGGACCCUGACAGGGAUGACUUUCUGGGCAGUCUGCAGAUCUGCCUUGGCGACGUCUUGACCAACAGAGUGGUGGAUGAGUGGUUCGUCCUAAAUGACACAACUAGCGGGCGGCUGCACCUCCGGCUGGAGUGGCUCUCGCUGACCACUGACCAGGAAUCUCCGGCUAAGGACUCUGGCCCCCCGCCCCCCACUGUCCUCUCCACUGCCAUCUUCGUGGUCUUCCUGCACAGCGCCUGCAACCUGCCGAGAGGCCCGUUUGACUAUCUCAAUGGUGAAUAUCGAGCCAAGAAACUCUCCAGGUUUGCCAAGAAUAAGGCCAGUCGAGACCCUUCUUCUUAUGUCAAGCUAUCUAUAGGAAAGAAGAUAUACACGAGCAAGACAUGCCACCACAGCAAGGACCCCGUGUGGGGCCAAAUGUUCUCCUUCUUUGUGCACAAUGUGGAAACCGAGCAGCUCCAUCUGAAGGUGCUGGAUGAUGACCAGGACUACGCUCUGGGGGUGCUGGAAUUCCCUUUGUGCCAGAUGCUCUCCUGUGCGGACCUCACCCUUGAACAGCACUUUCAGCUGGACCACUCGGGCCUGGACAGCCUCAUCUCCAUGCGGCUGGUGCUGCGGUUCCUGCGUGUGGAGGAGCGAGAGCUGGGCAGCCCAUACACAGGACAUGAAGCCUUAAAGAAAGGCCCUUUGCUUGUCAAGAAGGUGCCUGGUGACCAGGACCCCAAAGCCUCAUCCCAGGGACAGAGCCCUGAAGAUGUGCCAUGUGCCCCUGAUCCCACUUCUGACACCAAGAGAACCUCCAAGAACACCACAGCCACCUUCGGUUCCACCACAGCUUCUGCCGAGCCUAUUACCCAUGAGGCAGGCCCCAAGGCCAAAGGCAAGGGCAGUGCCAGAGGGUUCUGUGAGCCCAUGGGAGAGAAGAAGAGGCCAGCCACCAUCUUCCUGACUGUCCCCGGCCCCGCCUCUCCAGGGCCUAUCAAGUCACCCAGACCCCUGAAAUGCCCCAACUCCCCGUUCGCAUGGCCACCCGGGGGCCUGGCUCCCAGCAUGUACUCGCUCAACUCCCUGGCCUCCUCCUGCUUUGACCUGACAGAUAUCAGCCUCAACCUUGAAGAGGGGGACCCUCGGCAGCGGCGACUCGGGGAGAUUCAGCUCACGGUGCGCUACGUGUGUCUGCGGCGCUGUCUCAGGGUGCUGGUCAACGGCUGCAGAAACCUGACGCCCUGUACCACCAGUGGAGCUGACCCCUACGUCCGCGUGUAUUUGUUGCCGGAAAGGAAGUGGACGAGUCGUAAGAAGACCUCGGUGAGACGGAAGACCCUGGAGCCCCUGUUUGAUGAGACAUUUGAAUUCUUUGUCUCCAUGGAAGAAGUACAGAAAAGAUCGCUAGAUGUUGCAGUGAAAAACAGCAGGCCGCUUGGCUCACACCGGAGGAAGGAGCUUGGAAAAGUGCUGAUUGACUUAUCCAAAGAAGACCUGAUCAGGGGCUUUUCACAGUGGUACGAGCUAACUCUAGAUGGACAGCCCAGAAGCUGA